CUCUCUUUCUUUCUCUUUCGAUUCUCUCUGGGACAUUUAUUCGAACAGGUCGUCUGCGUUUCGCCGCCGGCGUGAAAAUCGUCGCGAAAGAGAAGCCGAUGCUGCUGGAGAGACAAAGCGAGAGAGGGAUAAGGAAUAAGUGGUCGAAUCGGGACUACCCGUCUUUUUGUAUGGCUUGAACGGUUGAUUUUCGUGUGAGAUAAGAAAAGAAAGAUGGGGAUGGGGAAAGUUGGGUUUGGGUUGGUAUUGGGAUGUGCAACGGCGACGUUUGUGAUCGCGGCGAUGAUGGUUGGAAAGAGGGUGAGGAUCCGGCGUAAGUGGAGACGAGUGGUUUCUGUGAUGGAGGAUAUGGAAGAGUCUUGUUCUACGUCGGUGGGGAGAUUGAAACAGGUGGUUGAUGCUAUGGCUGUGGAGAUGCACGCUGGUUUGGCUUCCGAAGGAGGCAGCAAACUUAAGAUGCUUCUUACUUUUGUUGAUAAUCUUCCCAAUGGGAAUGAGAAGGGAAUAUAUUAUGCUCUACAUCUUGGUGGCACUAAUUUUAGAGCAUUAAGAGUUCAUCUUGAAGGAAAUAGGUCCCAAUCCAUUAAACACGAAGUGCAACGACAACCGAUUCCUGUAGAUCUGAUGACGAGUACUACCGAGGAUUUGUUUGAUUAUAUUGCUUCAUCGCUAAAGGAAUUUGUCGACAAGGAAGAAAGUAGUUCUUCUUCCGGUGUGCCCGUGGUUGAAAGAAGAAAACAGCUAGGGUUAACGUUCUCAUUUCCUGUAAAACAGACUUCUGUUUCUUCGGGCAUUCUUAUCAAAUGGACAAAGGGAUUCAACAUUCAAGACAUGGUUCAAAGAGAUGUUUCCGAGGUUUUGCAAGUGUCGAUGGCUAAGAAAAGUCUUGAUAUGCGGGUUGGAGCUCUUAUAAAUGAUACGGUUGGGACGUUGGCAGUUGGACACUAUCACGAUCCAGACACAGUUGCUUCAGUCAUAAUUGGUACGGGUACAAAUGCUUGCUAUUUUGAGCGCGCAGAUGCGAUUAUCAAAUGUCAAGGCCUUUUCACUUCUUCUGGGGGCAUGGUGAUUAAUAUGGAAUGGGGAAACUUCUGGUCAUCGCAUUUGCCAAGGACAUCUUAUGAUGUCGACUUAGAUUCUGAUAGCCCUAACCCAAAUGAUCAGAUCUUUGAGAAGAUGAUAUCAGGAAUGUAUCUAGGAGAUAUAGUAAGAAGAGUUCUUCUCAGAAUGUCUCAAGAGUCUGAUGUUUUUGGAGAAGCAUCUCCUAAAUUAAGCCAGCCUUUUGUUUUGAGAACACCCUUGAUGGCAGCCAUGCAUCAGGAUGAUUCUCCCGACUUGGCGGAGGUAGCUCAAAUAUUGAAGGAAGUUCUGGAGAUUGAAGAAGUUCCUUUGAAGGUUAGGAAACUUGUUGUGAAGGUUUGUGAUGUGGUGACUCGUCGUGGAGCAAGAUUGGCGGCUGCUGGGAUAGUGGGAAUCCUGAAGAAAAUUGGUAGGGAUGGGAGUUGCGGUUAUUCAGGUGGAAGAGUGAAUUAUAAUAAUAACAAUAAUAGUAGUAAUCAGCAGAAUAAGAUGAGAAGAUCGGUAGUGGCAAUUGAGGGUGGUUUAUACACAAGUUAUUCUAUGUUUAGAGAGUAUCUUCACGAAGCGAUGAAUGAGAUUUUAGGAGAAGAAAUUGCGAAGCAUGUUGUCCUAAAAGUAAUGGAAGACGGUUCAGGUAUUGGGGCUGCCCUUGUUGCUGCUGCUCAAGCCACCCAAAGUGAAUAGUGUGAAUAUAAAGUAGUAGUUGGUAUAUAUAGUAUUUUAGUUAUAAUUAGUUCAUGUAAAUUGUAGAAAACAUUCCUAUAUUAUUAUUAUUAUUACUAUUACUAUUAUUAUAGCUAUUUAUCAUACAUAUUUAAGGGAAAAGGGAUAUUGGUGUGGUGUAAAGGGGUUUGGGGGUGGUGAAAUGGUGGCUAAAUAUGCAGUUUGCUGUUUAUAAGAUUUAUUUUAUUUAUUA